AUGUUUUUUCAGCAAGGAAAUCUUUCCAGCCAAGUCCCUGGGACGUUGCCUUCAGGAAAAGUGGCAGUCACCGAGUUUCCAUCUCCACCGUCUGAUUCUGAAUCCGAUUUCCCACCUUCACCAGCAGAUCUUGAGCUCCUGCCACCACCUCCACCACCUGUAGAUGGCCCACCAGUUUUGUUUUCUGGAAAUACUUCUCCAAAGGUGGCUGUGGUAAAUCCACAACCCCAGACAUGGUCAAAAUCUUCUGUAAAGAAAGCCCCACCACCCACCAGACCAAAAAGGAAUGACAGCAUGCGUCUGAUGCAAGCAGAAGUGACAGAAUCAUCUACCCCUGUCAGCCUACAAGUACCACCAACUUCACCUAAGCCAAGUCUUAGUGUGCAACCAGGUUUCCUUGCUGACCUGAACAAGACUCUACAGAGAAAAUCCAUUACAAGGCAUAGCUCAUUGUCAUCUCCCCGGUUAUCAAGGCCUGAGCCUACAGCCACCAUGGAUGAUAUGGUCCUGCCACCUCCUCCUCCAGAACUGCUAAGAGACAAUCAAAAAGCUAACUGCUAUGGAGGCAGCCAUUUAUCAGGCUAUGCAACAUUACGAAGGGGGCCACCUCCAGCCCCUCCCAAAAGGGACCAGAACACUAAGCUUUCUCGUGAUUGGUAACCCACAUGUAAUAAACUCUUCCCUGCUGGUUCUGCACAUGCAAUUCUGUUGUACCAUGAACUUUAAAUUCUAUGUAUGAUAACCAAUCAAGCUAAGUCACAUUCAGAUAAAGGUUAACAUGCCCCUCAUUCAUCCUCAUGUUUAGCAAAUGAUCCUGAAACCAUCAGUCAAGUUACAAAACCAGUCCCCGUUAUGGAGAGGACCAAACACGACUCAUACUCUGCAUUUAAAGACACAUUUUGUAGUGUAUGUUGGUGUGCAGUGUGUCUCUGCAUGUUUUCCUACAAUAGGCAUAUAAUAAUGUAAUUAAAUAAUAAUGCAGCAGCUGUACAAUAAAAAAUAACAAGAAUGUUUUAUUUCACUCUGUCGGUUUCCAC